AUGAUUUCCGGACGUGGGGGUGCUGGCGCUCGAGGGCGCAUCAGGCCACCUCGUAAGCUCGGUGCUGGUCGUACCGCUGGGGCCGAUCAAGAUUCCGACUUCGAAACAUGCUGGAACAUGUUGCGUGAAGCGCUCGUAGAUAUCCACAACAAAACCUGUGGUAAACUGUCCUUCGAACAACUUUACAGGGCAGCUUACAAGAUUGUCUUGAAGAAGAAAGGCGACGUACUUUACGACAACGUGAAACAAUUCGAAGAGGAUUGGUUUAAGAAGAAUGUCAUUCCAAAGAUCAAGGUUCUUGUCACCAAGAGCCUGAUUAGUGUCGGCAGCGAGGCAGCCGCCACCUCUGCCAACGAACGACGCCAGACAGGCGAGAAGUUCCUCAAGGGACUGAAGGAUACAUGGGAAGAUCACAACAUGUCUAUGAACAUGACGUCUGAUAUCCUGAUGUAUUUGGAUAGAGGGUAUACACAACAAGAGGCGCAUCGUGUGCCUAUAUUCUCCUCGACUAUUGCGCUUUUUCGAGAUCAUAUUCUGCAAUCCUGUUUAAGCGACAAGAUUAACGUACCGAAUCAACAGGUAAUGGAUAUCUUGAUAUCUGUCAUGCUCGAACAAAUCGACAUGGAGAGAGAGGGUGACGUUAUCGAUCGAAACCUCAUUCGCAGCUGCAGUAGAAUGCUUUCCUGCCUAUAUGAGACACCCGAAGAGGAUCAGAGCACCAAGCUCUAUCUCACCGUUUUUGAACCUCGAUUUAUCAGCAAUAGCGAAGAAUUCUAUGCGAGAGAAUGCGAACGGUUACUUCGAGAUGCGGACGCCAUCGCAUGGCUGCGCCAUACACAAGCAAGGUUAACAGAAGAAAUGGAUCGAUGCGGCACCACAAUCGAACUUGAGACGCUUCCGAAAAUUUGCGCAGUCAUUGAUCAGAAGCUCAUCUCUGAACACAUCUCCGACUUCUUUGCCCUCGAAGGCAGUGGACCAAGAUGGAUGAUUGACAACGACAAGGUGUCUGAUCUAUCCAUCUUGUACCAGCUCAUUGCGCGUAUUGACAGCAAAAAGACGAAACUUCAAGAAGUUUUGGAUAAGCGUGUUGUGGAGCUUGGUUUUGAAAUCGAGAAUGUCUUGAAGAACACCGACUUUUCCAUCCCACAAGGAGGAGAAGGUGAAGAGCCUGCUGAUGGCGACAGGGACAAACCAAAGGCAUUGAAUGCAGCAGCGCAACAGACUGCUGCCGCAAUCAAAUGGGUAGACGACGUCUUGUCGCUAAAGGAUAAGUUUGACAAUAUGUGGAAGAAUUCUUUCCAGUCAGACCUCCUCAUCCAGAGCUCUCUGACAAAGAGCUUUUCCCGAUUCAUCAACCUUUUCACGCGAAGCUCUGAGUAUGUGUCGCUCUUUAUUGACGAGAACCUGAAGAGGGGCAUUCGAGGCAAAACCGAAGCUGAAGUUGAUAUUGUCCUCGAAAAGGCAAUUGUCCUGAUCCGAUAUCUAGAAGAUAAGGAUAUGUUCCAGGCUUAUUAUCAAAAGCAUCUGGCACGCCGUCUUCUCCAUGGAAAAUCCGAAAGCCACGACGUUGAAAAGCAAAUUAUCUCACGAAUGAAGCAAGAACUUGGUAACCAGUUUACCAGCAAGUUCGAGGGCAUGUUCAAGGAUCUGGAUACAUCGGCUGAUCUGUCGAGCGGCUACAAGGGCCAUGUGCAAAAGGUUGGAGACGGAGGCAAAUCCAUCGACCUGGCGAUCAAUGUCCUGUCAACAAACAACUGGCCACCAGAAGUUAUGGGCCGCUCAGCUCAAAUCGGAGAAGGAUCGCGUAUCUCUUGCACAUAUCCCAAUGAGAUUUUGCGGCUGCAAGCUAGCUUUGAGCAGUUCUACCUCACUAGCAAGAGUGGACGCAAGCUUACUUGGGUUGGCACCACUGGCAGCGCAGAUAUCAGAUGUGUCUUUCCAGCUAUACCUGGUAAAUCCGGCGCACUGGCCAAGGAGCGACGAUAUGAGCUCAACGUGCCCACCUUUGGCAUGGUUGUGCUGAUGCUUUUCAAUGAAAUCGCUGAUGAUGAGCAGCUGUCCUUUGAAGAGAUCCAGGCCAAGACCAACAUUUCGACGCCCGACUUGAUGCGCACCUUGACCGCGAUCGCCAUUGCUCCCAAAUCAAGAGUGCUUUCCAAGGACCCUCUCACAAAGUCCAUCAAGUCUGGAGACAACUUCUCCUUCAACAGCUCAUUCCAAAGCAAGACGAUCCGCAUCAAGGCGCCUAUCAUCAACGCAGUUUCCAAGGUUGAAGAUACGCAACAGAGAGCCAACACGGAAGAGAAGAAUAACCAGACACGAGCUCACAUGAUUGAUGCAGCUAUUGUGAGAAUCAUGAAGUCUCGUAAAGAGCUUGCGCAUGCUCAACUCGUCAGCGAAGUGAUUGAGCAGAUGUCGAGCCGCUUCAAGCCUGACGUUGGUUUAAUCAAGAAACGCAUUGAAGAUUUGAUUGUCCGUGAAUAUCUCGAGAGACCCGAAGACGAAGAAGGACCAUCGCGCUAUAGGUACCUGGCUUAAAGAAUGGCCAGGCGAGCCUAUAUUACGAGAAACGAAGUUUUAUUAGCAUAUACGCAUCGCAUCGCGAGCAUGAGGCGGCGCCAUCAUAACGGGGUAUGAGGAGUAGUUAUGAAAUACCGGAUACUAGGAGUUUGAUUAUUUUUAGCAUUGUACAUAGAAAUUAUAUUCUGCGAGGCCACCUGUUGGCGCUCACACUUUACAUGACUAGUACGGCCACUGUGUAUAUGCAGCCACGCAAAUGAGAAAGAGCCCGCCAGUUGAAGAAAUUCCUUAAUACCGAAGCAAUGCUAAAUACCACCCUAAAAACGACAGAUAAAUAAAAAACCAGACCAUUUUAGUGCAUAUAAGUUGGCCCCAAAACGAUCACCUUGAGAGCCUCAAUUGGGGCUCAGCCGAGACGAGCCGGCUGCCCACCAAGCCAUGUCCGACAACGGCAGGCCAUGAUCGCCGCGUAAAUUGGGGAAGCUCAGG